AUGUCACCAAGCGCGGUUAACAACGAGCCGGUCAAUAGCCUCGACGACCACAUCGAGCCGGCAAACCCAGACCCCUCCGUCGUCUUUACCCCCAAGAUCACCGGCGACUGGACCGUAGCCAAGGUCCUCGCAACCAUCUCGACCGGCGCGCCACAGGAGAACUCCCCCUCGCCGGUGCCCUACUUCCACAUGCUGGAGCGCCUCAAGACGACCAAGCGCGAGGGCUGGCGGCGCUUCGGCAUCGCGCGCGGCGAGUCCAUCGCCGACCACAUGUACCGCAUGGCCAUGAUCAGCAUGCUGGCGCCCCCCUCCCUGCGCGCCCGGAUCGACCGCGACAAGUGCACGCGCAUGUGCCUCGUGCACGACAUGGCCGAGAGCCUGGUCGGCGACAUCACGCCCGUCGACGGCGUCCCGAAGCUCGAGAAGUCGCGCCGCGAGGCAGAGACCAUGGACUACCUGACGGGGAACCUGCUCAAGGGUCUUCUGGGUGGCGAGGCGGCGGGCGAGGAGAUCCGCGCGCUUUGGCAGGAGUACGAGGACAGCGAGACGCUCGACAGCCACUUCGUUCAUGACAUCGACAAGGUGGAGUUGCUGCUGCAGAUGAUCGAGUACGAGAAGAGGGGCGAGAGGAAGCUUGACCUCGGCGAGUUCGCGUAUGUUGCCACGCGGCUCGCGCUGGACGAGACCAAGGAGUGGGCGGCCGAGAUCAUCAAGGAGAGGGAGGCAUACUGGGGUCGUGAGGGCCACAUCCACGGCGAUGAGGGUGUUGAUGGCGGCGUGACGAAGGACCACCUGCAGGCUGUCGAUGAGUACUACAAGGGUGCUGGCGGUGCGCCUUGA